UAGUAUUAUCCGUCGUCAGUGAAGGUCCGCGUUUUGACUCGGUACCAUGAUUUUCGCGUUGCAAAUUUUAAUCGCUAUCGUCGCGGUUUUAUUGGGGAUUUUAGUGUAUUUUUAUUUGUUGCAAUCGAGAGCCAGAAAUAAGUUGCAAUGGAUGCCCCAGGCGCCUCGUAUACCACUUUUGGGAGCCGUUUUGGAAUUCGGAAGUUUAACAGAAACCCUUCAAAAGUUCGAUCAAUUAAUCGAUAAUCCGCAGAGACUGUGCUACAUAGAACUGGGACUUACCUGGAACAUCUUGUGCAGCAACUACGAUUUAGCUGAAUUUAUACUGUCGUCGAAUAAUGCGGCCAUUUUGGAUAAAUCGCCUGAUUAUACGCGAUUUAUUGAAUGGUUAGGUACUGGGCUACUUACUGCUCCAGGAAAGAAAUGGCGUGGUCGCAGGAAGAUUAUAACGCCCGCCUUCCAUUUUUCCAUACUAGAACAGUUCGUCGAUGUAUUCGAGCAUAAUGGCAAAAUCAUGAUUGAGAAAUUAGAGAAAACCGUUGGAAAAGAUUCCAUUGACAUCUAUGAUUAUGUUACGGCAUGCGCAUUGGACAUUAUUUGUGAAACUGCUUUAGGUGUAAGUAUACACGCUCAAGAGGGUGAAAAUAGCGAUUACGUGUUUGCUGUGAAGGAGCUCUGCAGGAUACCCGUAGAUCGAUCGUUUACUGCACUAAAACGUUAUGACAGCGUCUUUAGAUUCACUCCUGAUUAUAAAGUUUAUAAGAAACAUUUAAAGAUUGCUCACAGUUUCACCAACAACGUCAUCAUGAAACGAAAACGUGAAUUAGAGUCGACCAAAGGAAACGGAAAUUUGGAGAAGGACAGUUUGGGUAGGAAACGUAAAAUGGCGUUUUUGGAUCUGAUUUUAAACUCGACGGUCGAUGGAAAACCGUUGAGCAAUGAGGACAUUAGGGAGGAAGUGGAUACGUUUACUUUUGAGGGUCACGAUACUACAGCGUCCGCCAUUACAUCGGCAAUAUUUACUUUGGCAAGUUACCCCCAAGUACAGCAAAAAAUCCGAGAAGAACAAAGACAAAUAUACGGUAACGACAAGGACCGACCAACGACCUAUCAAGACCUGCAAGAAAUGAAAUAUUUAGAAGCUGUGAUAAAAGAGGUGCUAAGACUGUAUCCCUCUGUACCAUUGAUAGGAAGAACAGUGACGGCCGAUAUCAAUUUCCAAGGUCAUACAAUACCCAAGGACACCGUUUUGAUGAUGUAUCUGUGGGGUCACGGUAGAGAUCCGAAAUAUUUCGAGGAUCCAUUAGAUUUUAAGCCCGAAAGGUUUCUGGAUAACACUACUAAGCCGCCUUAUUCGUAUUUACCGUUCAGUGCUGGCCCGAGAAAUUGUAUCGGACAAAAGUUCGCAAUGUUGGAAAUGAAAAGUCUCUUAUCGAAAGUGUUCAAGAACUACGAAAUUUGCCCUACCGACCCGCCACAUCAAUGGAAACUCUCCUUUGAAGCCGUAAUAAAAUCACGUAACGGAGCGUUGAUAAGGACCAAAAAACAUGAGUGGAAUUAGUGACUAAGAAAAAUUUAAUAAAAUUAUAUUAAGAUGUUCUAUUUGUAUAAAAUAGUAGAAAUAUAUUUAUUUUUUAUAUUA